GCAUUCACUUUCAGGAUGCCAAAAUGACGGAUACAGUACACAAGGAGAACCACCUUUCGUCCAAAUGUACGUUUGUGGCACAGGAGAUGGCCAGGAUCAAAUGUCUGUCCGGAACGAGGGAGAAAAUUGCAAAUAUUGCAGUGUCAGAGUUCAAGAAGCGUUAUACCUUCAGGCACAGUGACAGCGGAGGAGGAAUGAAGGACCUCAAAAGAAAUUCAAGUCACACCUCCAUCGAGACCGACCCUUUCAUCCUGACUUGCGCAGCUUCCAGGUUCUACUUCCAAGAAGUCAGACUGACGUUCUCACCCGCGGACCACGAAGCUUUUUCAGAAGACGACGAAGAGAUUGUUGAAGACAUGUCAACUGAUCUUGAUCUGAUUAAAACCUUGACCGUUGGCAAUGUCAGCAACAGUCACAAGGGGAAAUACGUGUGCUUUGCAAUUGCAAGAAAAGGUCACGAGAACAAGAUUAUGACCUUGAAUCACGAGGUGGAAGGUCUCAUCCCUGUUUUUCUCACGGAAUACGGAAACAUGUUGCCAGAGAACAACAAGGAAGAACGGAUGGUCAGAGAGGCUUUCACCUUCAACUGCUCCGUAUCUGGCACACCUGUCAUCGACAUUGCGUGGACAAAGGACGAUCAGCCUCUUCCCAGCAACUUCGGAGAAUUCAGGGAGAACAACCAGACCAUAACGAUCAGUGACCUGAAUCCCGUAACUCACUCCGGUCGUUACGCAUGUGAGGCUAGAAACAGGGGCGGAUCUGUGAGGGGAUUCCUCACUCUAAUUGUGCUUGGUGAAGGAUCCAGCAAAGCCUGGAAAGUUACCAUGAGCAUCAUUACCCCAUUCCUCAUCUGCCUCUUGGUAGUAGUCAUUGUGUUGUUCAGAAGAGUCAGGCGUGAUUUCCUAACCAGGAGAGAGACGAAAAAGAAUCUGGCUUUCCUCUUCGAGAGAGGACGGCCUAACGAACUCAACCCAGACUGCACAGCAGACGAACAAGCCGAGCUUCUCCCUUAUGACCAUAAAUGGGAGGUUUCUAGGGACAGAAUACAGCUGGGCCAGCAACUUGGUACAGGCGCCUUCGGCCGUGUUGUCAAAGCCCAUGUUUCAAACCUGGAGCCAGGGGUUCCUAAAACGACUGUGGCCCUUAAAAUGAGCAAGACCCAAGCCGAUCCUGCCCAAAUCAGGGCACUGACUCAAGAGCUCAAAAUUAUGGUUCACAUUGGAAAGCACCUUAACAUUGUCAAUCUUCUGGGUUCCUACACUGCUAAUGUUAGAAAAGGAGAGCUGUGGAUCCUCGUCGAGUUCUGCCGAUACGGCAGUCUCCUCCCGUUCCUCCACCGCCAUCGACACAAUUUCGAGAAUCUCGUCGACCCCGUCACAGACAUGGUCGACCUGACCGGGAGAGACGGCGAGGGGAACAUUUCACCUUUCUCCCCGGUUCCCGUGAGUUCGCCCACGUCACCCAGGUCUCCCGGGUCGUCGUUUAAAUAUCCGAGUGUCCCCCAGUCCCCGACGCGCUCCGAAAAAGAUGGCUACGAGUCUGCGCAGACGGCGUCGUCCGCCAUGUAUUCUGGGACGAGAAGGCCGUGUGAAACUUUGCUGGAAUCCCCAACGUCACCUACGGUUCCCUUCUCUCCAUCCUGUACUACCCCCAAAGAGGAUUCGAUGGAUGAAGAACGCCGACCCAGUUCUCCCAGGAUCUUUCGGUUUGGGGACUCCCUGCCCAAGGGAAUAAAGAUGGUACAGAAUCCUUCAUACCAGACGGUGCCCGUGGAGGAGAACACAGCAGGAAUGGAAGUGGGAUCAGGAAGCCACAACACGAGGAAUCAAUCGUUAAAAGUGCUCGAUUCCCAGGGGAAUUAUUUCAUGUACGACAAGAGCACGAUUCCAGGCGUGACGUCAUCUUUCACGACCGUUGACCUGAUUUGCUGGUCUUGGCAAGUGGCCGAGGGUAUGGAUUACCUUACCCGUAGGAAGGUUCUACAUGGAGAUUUGGCGGCCAGGAACCUGCUUCUGGCUGAGGCCAAUGUUGUGAAGAUAAGCGAUUUCGGCCUCUCGAGAGAUAUCUAUAUGGACGAGAUAUACUUUAAACAAACCAAUGAUCUCUUGCCAGUGAAGUGGAUGUCGAUUGAGGCUAUCCGCGACAGGAUGUUCUCCAUCCAGAGUGACAUCUGGUCCUUCGGAGUGACCAUGUGGGAACUCUUCAGUUUGGGCUCCACGCCAUACCCAGGGGUCAAGAUUGACCACACGUUCUUGCAGAGCCUACAAGACGGGUACCGCAUGGAAAUGCCCGAAUAUGCGAACUGUGAACUAUAUAAAAUCAUGCGCCAGUGUUGGGGGAGUGAUCCUCAAGAACGGCCUUCUUUUCGAUAUUUGGCCGACAGGCUCAGUAAGAUGUUGAUGCCUGAGACAACUCAGCACUACAACAACAAGAAUGGAGAGUACCUGAACAUGAACGAGGAACGUUUCAAACACGAAAAAGAUUACCUGGAGAUGUUGGCAUCACCUGACAUCAGGAACGUCACUAGAGAUGAUGAUGUGCCGCAAUGUGAGGAUGCUGUAGAUGGGACUACAAAAACGAACCCCGAUCUUCGGCUGUAUAUUGAAAGCAAAUCGGACGCUCAAGAUCAAGAAACGAAUUACCUUCCCAUGUCGUCAUGUGCAGGCUCCCCACAGUCCCCCUUCGACAUCUUCAGUCCCACGAAAACUUCAGAGAAUGGAAAUGUGUUCACUUUUGGUGAGGAGGUCCAAAGGAAAAACUCGAAUGCUCUCCGGCAGUCCUGCCCUCAGAGAGGGAACCCUUUGCACGAAGACACCCACCCAUCCCACCAGAGCCUUGGAGAUCUCCGCACCGAGGAAGGACUGGCGAACCAACAACACAAGGCUGACGAUCCACCGCAGAGCCCCAACGGUUCACUACGAGACGAAACCGGUGACGAGCACUCUGAGUUAUCUUCACUAACGGGUGACAACAAAACUUGUAUGACUCGAAGGCCUUUUAGUCAAGAGAGUCACUACAUGAACAUACCGCUUGCACCAGAUGAUUGCUCUUCACCUCUUCCUUCCCCUGAGAUAACUUUAAACUUGUCCUCAGCGGGUGAGGUGGGUUAUGCCAAUCUCCAAACGGUGAGAUGAUUGAGUUGGUCCAGGCCUAUAUUCUAGCUACGGAUUAAGACUCCUUCAAUUGGCGGCAUUGACACGUCUACCAUCUUGCCGAAGGAGGUAUUCAAUUCUAAUCCAAAAAAGGUACAUUUUCAGCAUUAACCUCGAGGUUAAGGUUGAUCCCGAGAGUGGACAUAAUAUACGAGCGUACUGUCCAGCUAUUUGCUUUUAUUCGCAAGUGACUUCGUUUUAAAGAAGUAAUAUAUGCCAUGUGUAUGUAUGCUUACGUUUAAAGUAUGUACUUUUAUAUAUAAGAGGUAUAGAUAUAUGUACAAAUAUAAAUACAAACAUAUAUACAUACAUGCAAAAUUU